AUGGCGCUUUCUGUCAUCCUGUUUCUCAUCCUCAUUGGCCUCCUGCUCCUGGGGCCACCGCAGCUCCCAGGCCGCCUCCCUCCCGGACCAUGGCCUCUGCCCUUCCUGGGAAACAUUUUGCAAAUGAGCCACAAGGGCCUUCUGAAGGCCUUACUGGCGCUGCGGGAGAGAUAUGAGAAUGUCUUCACCAUCUACAUGGAGUCACGGCUGGUCGUCAUCCUGUGGGGGUACGAGGCAGUGAGGGAGGCCCUGGUGGAUGGCGCUGAGGCUUUCUCAGGCUGAGGGCACAUCACUGUCCUUGAGCCCAUCUUCCAGGGAACUGGUGUGGUCUUUGCCAGUGGAAAGAAUUGGAAAGCUCUUCGCCGAUUCUCUCUGGCCACCCUAAAGGGCUUUGGGAUGGGGAAGCGGAGGAUCGAGGACCGAAUCAAGGAGGAGGCUCAGUGUCUGGUGGAGGAGCUGCGGAGAUUCCAGGGGGCCUAUCUGGAUCCCCACAUCCUCUUUAACUCCACCAUGGCCAACAUCAUCUGCUCCAUUGUCUUUGGAGAGAGCUUUAAUUACCAGGACCCCAGAUUCUCACGGCUGCUACAUUUACUGAAUGAUAUCUCCACCAUUUUCAGCUCCUCCUACAGCCAGGUGUUCGAGCUCCUCUCGAACAUCAUGAAACACUUUCCUGGCACACACACUCGCUUGCACAGCAUCAUUCAAGAACUGGGAGAUUUUGUCACUGAGAACAUUGAGAGGCACCGGAAGACGCUGGACCCCAGUGACCCAAAGGACUUCAUUGAUUCCUUCCUGCUCUACAUGGACAAAGCAAGGGCUGCACCGGAUUGCGGGAGCGCGCUCCACCAGAAGAAUCUCGUCGACACGGUGCUCUCACUGUUCUUCGCUGGCACAGAGACCUCUGGCACCACGCUCAGCUUUGGUUUUCUACUCCUUCUUAAGAACCCAGAUGUCUUAGAGAAAAUCCAGGCAGAAAUCGACAGAGUGAUUGGUGAACACUGUCUCCCAGCCCUUGAAGAUCAGGCAAAAAUGCCUUAUACAAAUGCUGUCAUCCACGAGGUUCAGAGAUUCAAUGACAUCUUCCCCUUCAGUAUCCCCCACUCAGUCAUCAAGGACACUCACUUCCGGGGAUAUUAUCUCCCUAAGGACACUACUGUAUACUGCAUCCUGAGCUCUGCCCUCAAAGACCCACACCACUUUGAGAAGCCAGAUGCUUUCUACCCUGGCCACCUCCUGGAUGCAGAAGGCAACUUCAGGAAGCAGGAAGUCUUCAUCCCAUUCUCCAUGGGAAAACGCCUCUGUCUGGACGAGAGCUUGGCCCACGCUGAGCUCUUCCUCUUCUUGACCUCCAUGCUGCAGAACUUCUCCCUGGGCCCUCCCAAGGCCCUGGAAGACAUCGACCUCACGCCAAAGACAGAGGGGCUGGGGAGAGUGUGCCCUCCAUUCCAGGUCUGCUUCCUGCCUCACGGUGGAGGGUGAGAAGAGAUGCAGAUCCUCUCGGAGUCCUUCCACCCAGCCCCUGCCUCUGUCCGGAGUUAACGUGUACAGGCCUCCUGACUCCUCCCUGCUCACUCUCUCCCUGGGAAGGUCCCUUCUGUAGUCUCUCCUUCAUCCAGCCUGCUGUAGAUGCCACUCAUCCCCAGAUGACCUGCAUUGUUGACUGAGGACUCUUCAGGGUCAAGAAAUACCUUCAGUAACUUAGUGUUACCACCACCUCUAGCACAGUUAGGGAAACUGAGGCUCCAAAGAGGGAAAGAUUAGAAAGAUUAGAUCCAAGCUUACUCCGAACAGCAGCAUCAGAACCAGGUCCCCUGCCUUCCUCCCUUGUCCUCAUCUCCACUCCUCACCCCUGCCCUCCUCUUCCUUCCUUGAAUUAAAAUUGCCAGUCCAGCCCUCCACUUCUGUGAUAUUUCCCUUACUUAUGAUUGUAUCCUCCCAAACCAGUGAGAUCAAAAUAGUGUUCUUCUCUUCCUGGGCCAGUGGCUAUCUGUGCUGCAUUGCUCUUUUUUUUUUGGGGGGGGGUGUAAAAUUCACAUAGCAUAAAAUUAACCAUAACCAUUUUAAGGUGUGCAAUCCAAUGGCAUUUAGUGCAAUCAUGUUGUGUAACCAUCAAUUCUAUCCCAAAAUAUUUUCAUCAUACCUUAAGGAAACUCUGUCCCAUUAAGAUGUCAAUCUCCAUUCUCUCCUCCCACUGGCCCCUGACAACCACCAGUAUGCUUCUUUUUGUAUAAAUUUACCUAUUCUGGAAAUUCCACAUAAAUGGUAUCACGCAGAAAGGAACUCUGUCUUCUCUCAUUUAGCGUCAUGUUUUCAAGAAUCAUCCACAUUGCAGCAGGUAUCAGUACUUCAUUUGCUUUAUGGCUGAAUAGUAUUCCAUUGCAGGGAAUUACCACAUUUUGUGUGACUUUUCAUCCCUUGAUUGCCAUGUGGGUUGCUUCUACAUUUUUGCUACUGUGAAUAGAGCUGCUAUGAACAUUCGUGUACAGGGCUGCCUGACUUUUGUUUCACUCUGUCGGGAUAAUGAAAGGAAGGUGUUCUUCAUAUUUUAGUCUCUUCUCCUUUGGUCUGAUGAUUUUCUUUAGUGUUAUGCUUGUGUUCCUUUCUUUCUAGUUUUUGUGUAUCUGUGGUAAGUUUUUGAUCUGUGUUUAUCAUGGAGUUUGUAUGUGUUGACCUAUAACUAGAUCUAUGUGUUUUAAACUGAUAGUCAUUUAAAUUCAAAUGCUACAAAAACAGACAUAUGGAUCAAUGGAACAGAAUAGAGAACCCAGAGAUAAAUCCACAAACUUUUGGUCAAUUAAUCUUUGACAAAGGAGGCAAGAACAUACAAUGGAAUAAAGACUGCCUCUUCAGCAAAUGGUGCUGGGAAAACUAGAAAGCUGCAUGUAAAUUGGUGAAGUUAGACUACUCCCUCACACCAUACAUAAAAAUAAACUCAAAAUGGUGUGAAGACUUAAACAUAAGACAAGACACUGUAAACCUCUUAGAAGAAAACAUAGGCAAAACAUUAUCUAAUUUAUUAUCUCAGCAUUGUUCUCCUAGGGCAAUCUACUCAAGCAAUAGAAAUAAAAGCAAAAAUAAACAAAUGGGACCUAAUUAAACUUAUAAGCUUUUGCACAGCAAAGGAAACCAUAAGCAAAAUAAAAAGACAACCUAUGGGAUGGGAGAAAAUAUUUGCAAAAGAUGAGACUGACAAGGGCUUAAUCUCCAGAAUAUAUAAACAGCUCAUACAAAUUAAUAAGAAAAAAACAAACAACCCAAUCCAAAAAUGGGCAGAAGAUCUAAACAAGCGCUUCUCCAAUGAAGACAUACGAAUGACCAAGAGGCACAUGAAAAAAUGCUCAGUAUAGCUAGUUAUCAGAGAAAUGCAAGUCAAAACUAUAAUGAGGUAUCACCUCACAACAGUCAGAAUGGCCAUCAUUCAAAAGUCCACAAAUGAUAAAUGCUGGAGAGAGUGUGGAGAAAAGGGAACCCUCCUACACUGUUGGUGGGAAUGUAGUUUGGUGCAGCCAUUAUGGAAAACAGUAUGGAGAUUCCUCAAAAAACUAAAAAUAAACUUACCAUAUGAUCCAGUAAUCCUACUCCUGGGCAUAUAUUCAGAAGGAAACUUAAUUCUAAAAGACACAUGCACCCCAAUGUUCAUAGCAGCACUAUUUACAAUAGCUAAGACAUGGAAACAACCUAAAUGUCCAUUGACAGAUAACUGGAUAAAGAAGUUGUGGUAUAUUUAUGCAAUGGAAUACUACUCAGCCAUAAAAAAUAAUAAAAUAAUGCCAUUUGCAACAACAUGGAUGAAACUGGAGAUUGUCAUUCUAAGUGAAGUAAGCCAGAAAUAGAAAGAAAAAUACCACAUGAUAUAACUUAUAUGUGGAAUCUUAAAAAAAAUGAAUUUAUUUACAAAACAGAAACAGACUCACAGACAUAGAUAAGAAAUUUAUGGUUACCAGAGAGGGAAGAAGAUGGGAAGGGAUAAAUUGAGAGUUUGAGAUUUUCAGAUACUAAUAUAUAAAAAAUAGAUAAACAAGUUUACACUGUAGAGCACAGGGAACCAUAUUCAAUAUCUUGUAGUAACCUAUAGUGAAAAAGAAUAUGAAAAUGAAUAUAUGUAUGUUCCUAUACAACUGAAGUAUUAUGUUGUACACCAGAAAUCGGCAUAAUAUUG